GCAUUUCAGGCCUUUUCUGGUACGCAGAAUGUUUCUAGUCUGCAAAAGGAUGAAGCAUGGAGAGUUAAUGUCCGCAUACAAGGAUGUGACCUUGAACAUGGGUAUCUAUGUGGCACCAUGGAAGCUCUGAAUGUUCCUAUGGCGGACACUGCAGUUGUGACAUUUUGGGAAGGGGAGAUUGUUGACACCAAGAACUAUACUUUCUAUACUGGCAAGUGGGAAGCAUCGCAAGAGGAUGAUAUAAGGCACUGGACCAAAUUUCCAUCUUUUUCACCCCUUCUGGCUCAAGUUGAGGUUGAUGGUGGUAAAUCAUUGGACCUGAGUAACUAUCCUUACAUAUUCAUGAGAUGGAAGGAGCAGUACUUCGUGAAUGUUGGAACUGACUGUGGAUUGACAAUAGCUGGAUUUUACUAUGUCUGCUUCUCUUGCAGUGACGGCUCCAUCCAUGGCUUCUAUUAUGAUCCCAAUAGCAGCCCCUUUCAGAAGCUAGAGUUGAAGGCAACCAACGAGGGAAGGACUGCACCACAGAACUUGACUCUCAUGGAGAAAUUGAUUAGAUGCUCAUGUAUUCUUGCCGGUCCAAACAUGGCUCACAUUUGCAUUUGCU